CCUCAGCCGACAAAGCAUCGAUAAAUUAUAAUUCUUGCCGGCGAUGCAGCAGGGAGAACUUGGCCUGAAGAAUUACGCCAUUUCGUUGGGAUUGUUCAAAUGGCCUACAUGUAGUACCGGUACAUGCCGCUCCUUCAUCAAUGUUUGGAUGUUGCAGUUUCUAAUGAUUCUUACUGUCACCGAGGAAGCGUCUCCAAGUCUGUGUUUUUUUCCCUCCAGUUAAUGACUCUAUGUGACCAGGAUUUCAAGAAUGGCAGUCAGAGAUAUACGUACGGUCUUGUGGACCGAGUUAACCUCCAAUUACGUCUAACGACCCCCGCCGUAUAGAUUCUUCAGCAGCAGGCCCUCAUUAUUGAUUAAUUUUAUGCCACGGGAUAGCUUCAUGUCUGGCAUACCCCUGCGUAAAUUCAUUUCUGCAACGGGGGCCUCAUUUUAGGGAGGCAGGUGUACUCCAUUCCUCAACCUGGAUUUGGGAGGUUAGCCCGCGCUGCGCUGAGGGUUGGCGGGGCACAGGGGACGCUAGCCCAUCAUCGGACAUCCAGUCAGCUCAUUAAUGAGGUGUUGAUACGGUGUCUGUAGGCAUUGGCCACUUGGUGGAGAACCGUGAUCUCCAACUAGGGGGGAGAGGAUCCUUAGCUGGAGAUUGCCAAGGGAUCGCAUCCCGGGACUUGAGAUGCUUAAGAUGAUCACAUUGGCAAGUGUCAGUUGGACCUGCGCACGCGAUGCACAGCCAGUGUAGAGUCCCCUCUUCCAGCGAACCAACCAACUUCUUCUCAGCACUGUGCAGAUGACAGACGUUUCGCAAGCACCACGUCUCAAGUUCACCACUAUCAUGUGUUUAUAAAGGAUUGCCGCUACAGAACUGAACAGUCACUUUGAACCGGUACUCUGCGACAGUACUGCAGCUGUCUGCUACUAUGGGCGUGACCAUAAGAGUCAACAUCAGAACACUGAUGUAUAUCCUGGUGAUUGCCAUGGUGCUCCUGAUGCUGGACCUACUCUUCAUGAUGUCUGUCAGUAGACACAAGACCAAAGUUGUCAAAAGUCCAAUUGACAUGGACGAAGCAUGGAUUCGCUUUGACCAACAGAACUUACACCCCAUAAAUUUGGUGCAGGGAUCGCCUCAAUGCCAGCGUAUUCUAUUAACAGGGAAUCAUGACCAGUUAUGUGCUGGGACCAAGCCAGAGACGGAGCCAGAACCAGGUCAUACCAGAGGAAACUUUGGCGGUGGUAUAAAAAUUGGGGGCACGGUAGCUGUACCAAUAAAUCGCCCGCCGGACAGUUCUGGUAGUCGGGUUACCAAACCUGCUAAAGCAGCCAUACCUGCCAAAGCAGCCAAACCUGCCAAAGCAGCCAAACCUGCCGUUAAACAGCACAAGACAUUGGCGCAGCCGGCACGUAAAUCUAAAUUAUCACCAAUGGUUCAGAAAGCGGUGGACAUGAGCACUGUUCUGGCCUCUCCCAAUGUGACAUGUACAGCUAACCGCUCAAGGAAUCGAAUGCUCAAUAUCUAUGGUGCGAAGUUUAAUCUGAGUACGCCGGUGUUUUUAAAUUCAGAGUUUGAAACUGAACCUCACAUCCUAGAUUUGCCUUUUCCAUUUGGUGUUCAAGAUGCAACAAAAUCAGUAAGAGAAACACUGGCCAUUGCUCGGAAUACAAGCUUACCUUUAAUAGCCAAACGUAAAUCCUGCUUACGAUGUGUUAUUGUCGGUAACGGCGGUCUAAUUAAAGAUACCUCAUUAGGAAAAGUUAUAGACAACUUUGACGUAGUUUUAAGAAUAAAUGAUGCACCAACCAAAGGUUACGAAAAAGACGUUGGCUCGAAGACGACAAUGCGCAUGUGCUACCCGGAGAGUACAUUCAGCAAGCCGGACCAGUUUCACGGCGACUGGCUACUGUUAAUGAUGGUCUUCAAACCCUUGGAUCUCAUCUGGCUACAGACGGUGGCACAGGGCAAGAAGAUUACAAAUCAAAAAGGCUUUUGGAAAAAGAUUGCCUCAACUGUACCGAAGAAGCCGGAGUAUUUCCGCAUGCUCAAUCCGUCCAUUCUACGGGAGACUGGGUUUGAAAUCAUCGGGUUCCCUGUAUCCACAGAUGGGAAAGUUGGCAAGAAUGUGCCGACCUCGGGCUGCUUGGGCAUCAUGCUGUCGCUACGCUUCUGCGACGAGGUGGCCAUCGCUGGCUUCGGCUACGACACGUCGGUACCCAACGCCCCGCUGCACUACUACGACAAACUCAAGAUGAAGGAAAUCAAACGCUCCUGGACUCAUAGCGUGGACAAGGAACAGAAAAUGCUGUAUGAACUGGUGGAUCAAGGUGUGAUUCAAGAUCUAACUGGGGGGCUGAUAAGGACGUAGCAGCGAUGAAAAAACCCUUGGAUCAGCCUCCCUACCAAAAUUCCUUUAUAUGUGUCCUCGAUUGUGAGCACGGCCAGCGUAGAUGUAGAGCAACACACAAGGUGACUGAGACACGCAUCAUACAUGCUGUUCAGCGGUAACCACCAGAAAACUGGGAAUUGUCCCCAGACUGCUCAGCAUGCCUUGCAGCACCUAUUAUUGAGGGACCAGACUAGUUUCGGAACUAGACCUCAAAAAGCGCAAUGGUGAAAAGGAAAAUUCCAAGAAAUGCUACCAAAUUUCAUUUUCAUCAUCUGCUGAGGAGAAACUCAAACAAAAAUUGAUGGACCAAAGUUCUUUGGAGAUGUGAGCGAAUGUUAUAUGUGAGGCUUGUGAUGGACGUUGAGCCGUCUUGUGUGUGUAUAUUUCAGCAAGGUGCAAGUGUGUACAGUAAAUAUGGACGAUAAAGCGCGCAGUCCAUGACCACGCUGCCAGGGGAAGCUACGUGCAAGGGGAAGCUACGUGUGUGUACAACAAUGGACAACUACUACACGGACAGCCAUUGUUUUUGAUACAGCAGUUAUUAGAAAUCAGGGUAUUAAGUACUUAUGCUUGUGUUAGUGACAACAUCCUCUUCAACUUUCUUCUUUUUUUCAGCGGGGGAUCUAUGUCAUUAGAGGUUAAGCUAGAUAGAGUUCCCCCUGUGUAAAGAUUUAAUUUUGACUUCAUUUCUAGCAUCAGAUGUCCGAUCCUAGUUGAGAAUG